UAUUUCAUCAUUCAAAAUCUUGUGCUUGUAUUCUUCUGAUACAUACUGAGAUACACUACCAUAACUGAGAGAAUCACUGUAACUACUACUAGAGAUGAGUUCACCUAAGAGAGCUUGGACUGUGUUUGUUGGUGUUGGCGUUGUGGAGGCUUUGAAGGACCAGGGUCUCUGCAGAUGGAAUUCAGGUUUCAAGUCAGCUCAGCAAAGUGUGAAAAGCCAUGUUGGAUCGUUUUCACAGGCAAAGAAGCUUUCUUCUUCCUCUUCUGCAGUGGUUUCUAGCAAAAUGCAUGAAGAGAAUGCGACACUGUCAGAAGAAUCCUUGAGGAAAGUCAUGUACUUGAGUUGCUGGGGUCCCAGCUGAAGGAAAGAGAAAGACAAUAUGGAGAAAACUUUUCUGUUCUUUGAAUGUGGACCAUGAAGAAAUUGUGCCACAUCGAGAAGGAAAUGCCUCUUGCCAUGUUUGGUCUGCAUUCAUUUAUAUCAUUACUACUGCUAUCUGUUCAUUGUAACAGUAAUCAUGAAGAAUAUCAAUUCAGUGAAUUUCUGCUUCCCUUUUA